UUGUUGGGGGAAUUUUACCUAGUUGAAGUAGUAGUAGAAGGCAGUGUUCUAGACAUGCGGCCUGCGCAAUUUAUAUCUAAAACCUCUAAUCUUCGUGCUAGAACUCCUGAAAAGCUGUAAAGAAUGAGUCGCACCAUUUUAAGAUUACAAUUUUCAAUCCCCAUCUCAAAUUUUCCCUCCAUUGAUCCUUCUUCUCACAUUUUCACAUCAUCACUUGCUAAAUUCCCCUUUCUCUCUUCAAUUUCAUGUAUCCAAACUCUUAAACCCUUAAAAACAGCUCAAAAUCUCAACUUCAAAUCCACCAUCUUCAAUUCCAAGACUAAUGCUCAUGCUGCUGGUGCCCAAGUGGUGGAAGAUGAAGCAGAGGUUGAAGUUGCUGAAGGUUUUACAAUGACCCAAUUUUGUGAUAAGAUGAUUGAUUUGUUUAUGAAUGAGAAACCCAGGUCUAAAGAUUGGAAAAAGUACCUAUGUUUUAGAGAUGAAUGGAAGAAAUAUAGGGACAGAUUCUAUAAUAGAUGUCAAACAAGAGCUGAUAUGGAGAUUGAUCCUGUUUUGAAGAAAAAAUUAAGCUCUUUGGCUACCAAAAUUAAGAAGAUCGAUGAUGAAAUGGAAAGACAUACUGAUCUUUUGAAAGAGAUAGAAGAUAAUCCUACAGAUAUUAAUGCAAUUGUUGCUAAACGACGUAGAGACUUCAAUGGGGAGUUCUUUCGUCACCUCACUUUUCUUCAACAAACUUAUGACAGUUUGGAGGACCGUGAUGGUGUUGCUAGGCUUGCCGCUAGGUGCUUGUCUGCAGUCUCUGCCUAUGAUAACACGUUAGAAAUCGUGGAUACAUUUGACACGGCUCAAGCUAAAUUUGAUGACAUUCUGAACUCUCCAUCCAUUGAUAUUGCCUGUGAGAAGAUAAGAAGUUUUGCGAAGGGAAAGCAACUUGAUUCUUCGUUGAUAUUGUUGAUUAAUAGCGCGUGGGCUAAAGCAAGAGAAUCCACGACCAUGAAUCAGGAGGUAAAAGAAAUCAUGUAUCGUCUGUACAAAACGACAAAAAGCAGUCUGAGAAGCAUAUCACCGAAGGAAAUUAAACUUCUCAAGUACUUGCUUAACAUAACAGACCCUGAAGAGAGAUUCUCUGCACUAGCUACAUCUUUCAGUCCCGGAGGUGAACAUGAAGCGAAAAAUCCCGAUGGUCUUUACACGACACCGAAGGAGCUGCAUAAAUGGAUAAAGAUCAUGCUUGACGCAUACCAUCUAAGUCAAGAAGAGACGGAGAUAAGGGAAGCGAAGCAAAUUAAUGAACCGGUGGUUAUCCAAAGGCUUUUCAUCCUGAAGCAAACAAUAGAGGAAGAAUAUUUGGCGCGAGAAGUUGGAGCAGGUUUAGAAGCUAACAAGUCCGAGGAAGAAUUUUGACACAUUCUUUAUACAAUUACUAGUACCCGUUGUGCUAUAGAAGUCGUAUGUAGUUUGGCUGGUUGAAAAUCGGCUUAGCUUCUUGUACAUAAAUUUCUGCGGCAGCUUAAAUGCGUGGUGAGGUUGUCCAGUUGCGUGUAUUUUGAUGUUGCUCAUCGAAAGCACAUUGUAUUUGACUAAUCAUAGUUCUUAAGGUCUUCAUAAGUUGAUACAGAAAUGAAAACAGAAAGUCAUUAGGAAUUUCAAUGCAAAUAAAUUUAUUCUGUCUAAUGAAUUUUUAUGUGAUGAAUUUGCGGCAAACUGGUAAUUGAUUCAUUCUUA